AUUUGUUAUGGUGCGAUUGUUUGUAAUAAUAAUGAUGAAGAGUUUGAAGAAGAAGAGUGUGUUGAAUUUCCUAUUCCUAUUGAUUUAUCUGACAAAAGGGUAUCGCCUAUUAAAUUAUGGAACAAAAGCAUGAAUUCCUUGCGGGUUCACGGUUUAAAUGGGUUUCAAUAUCCAGAAUUAGCUUGUUCUUUAUUUAUUGCGAUUUCUGUUACGACGCAUCUUCUAGAAGAGUGGAAAGAGAAUGUUUUAGAAUUAAUAUUGACGCAAAAAUAUAUAAUACUGUAUGAACUUAAGAUUAAACAUAGAAGUAUCAUGUUCGGAAGUCGUUUCCCAUACAGUAUGAAAUAUUUUAAAAUAUGGUUACAUUUUACCAAAGUACUGGCUUGUCUUGGUGCAAUAUGGACAAUAAUAUCUUUGGGCAUUUACGCUAGCAAACAGAAUUUUCAUGCUAAUGCACAACUUCUGACUAACUGCACAGCAAUUCCUACUGAUACUUCUCCAAAUACAAUAAUCAAUUGUAUUCCGCAAGAACAAGGAUUUAGUUUCUAUUUGUGGAGUAAGAAAGCCUGGAUAAUUGACAUCUUUACCAGAGCGUUUUUAUUAUAUACCUUUUUUGUAGUUAUUCCAUAUGGUAACUCAUAUAGUAUUCCGGUUCCUCUAAAUAUUCGUGGUGAUAAACCUAACCCUAAUCAAUACUAUGGUGGACUUUUUAUUCUUGGUACAUCCUUUAUUUUUAUGGUAGCAAUAGCAACAAUCCAAAGUCAGGGCCUUGAUGUUUCUGGUUUAGAAGGAGUUUGUAGUGUUAACUCGGAACUUUUAAGUAGCAAGACUGGCUAUAUUCGGGAGUGGUUUCAGCAAGAAUUAACGGCUGCCAAACAAAUAGCUUUUAUUUGA